UUUCGGGUCGUUUUGGCUAAAUAACUAAUUUUUCUAUAUUUUGUUUUCUUUUAACGUUUAACAUUUGAUUUAAAUAUUAUUUUAGUUUUUAACAAACCGAACCGGCAGAUUAAAUAUUUUCACCCCAUAUCAUAUACAUAUAUAUAUAUACGUAUAUAUAUUCGCCAGAUCCUACAUAAAUCGAAAAUGUUGAAGCUACGUAACCUAUUGGCCGUCGUCGGCAAAAGCAACAACAACAACAACGCUGUCCGCGCCCUAUCCACCACUGCAAGCGUCAACGAUUCGGAAUCAUGGUUCUCAAAGUUGCUCGUUCGGAAAAUAGAGCCAACCAAGGAGUCGCACAGUCGUAUGCUCAGCGAUAAGGAGAUCAUAUAUGCCCUACAUACGCACAAUGUCAGGCCCGAUUCCAUGGGCAACUAUUUAAACAACUACAAAAAUACUGUGGCAUUGAUAAACGAAAAGAAGGCGAAUCUUUCGACCGAGUUGGUGGCAUCAUGGACCGUUCAGGUGGGCGACAUGGAUCAGUGCCUGCACCUCUGGAAGUACACGGGAGGAUUUGAGAAAAUCGACCAGGCCAAGGAGGACCUUUGGAACGACCCGGAGUAUCUAAGCUUGAUGCAAGAACGCUCCAAGUUCCUGCGAUCCCGUCAUCUGCAAUAUCUCUUGGCCUUCAGCUACUGGCCGCAGAUUGCCAGUCGUACCGGCAAGAACAUUUACGAAAUGCGCUCAUACCGACUGACCCCUGGCACCAUGAUCGAGUGGGGCAACAACUGGGCCCGUGCCAUCAACUAUCGCAAGCACAACAACGAGGCAUUCGCCGGAUUCUUCUCUCAGAUCGGAAGACUGUACAAUGUUCAUCACAUUUGGUGUUACAAAUCCCUACAAGACCGUAAGGAGACCAGGGAAGCAUCCUGGCGAACACCCGGAUGGGACGAGUGUGUGGCCUACACGGUGCCAUUAAUCCGAGAGAUGCACUGCCGUGUCCUUGCGCCAACUGAGUUCUCGCCCUCACAAUAAUUAAGCACCGGGCGUUACCGUUUUACCUAUUUUUUUUUCGCGAUCUAAGAAGUUGAAGCCUAGCAACGCCCGAUCGAAUUUGCUGUGAAAUCAACGAGAACGUAACUUUGCCCCCUUUCCUGUUGAAUAGUUAUUGUAAAUAAUGCCAGCUAAAUAUGCAAUCAUUUUUAUUUUUUUUUUUAAGUAUAAUUAAGGUCAAAGUGAAAAUUGCUAUACCAGAAACAUUUUUACAAGCCCUACGUCUGUAUCAACCUACGACCUUUGAAUUUAACAAAACCAA